GUCUGUGGUGUACUGUGUUCUGUGAGGUGUGUGGUGUUUUGUGGUGCGUUCAGUGAUAGUGGAAAUUCGGUGUCGGGGAUUUGAGCGUUUCUGUGGUUAUCGUGUUGUGUGUUUCUUACUUGGUUAAUCCGACGAUAGCAUUGUUUUUGACCAUUUAUUAAGGUUGUUCCACGUUAUAUAAACGUCAUCAUUAAUAUAAUUUAUAGAUGUCAUGAUAAUGCAAUUGCUUUGAUGAAAAUUUGAUUAUAAAUACAAGAAACUAUAAAAUACUGAACUUGUAAAUAAACUUAACGUCAAAGUAAACUAUCGGAGGAGCACAGUGAUGGAUUGGAGGUAGUUAACAGUGUAGUGUCGUGUGAAGUGUGCGCGAUGGAGAAUACUUUAGUGUUCAAGAACGGUGGAGUGUUUGGGCCGUCAAUGCCCACCAUCAACUGCCAAACUUGCCGGGCUCGACGGCUGAAAAGACUGAUGACGGCGUCGUUCCCGCAACAUCAUUCUGACACCUGUGAGCUCAAAAAAUUAUCGGAAGAGAGUCUCACAAGACAACCGGAAGAAGUGUUUGAUAUUAUCUGUAAAUUAGGAGAAGGAUCAUAUGGCAGUGUGUACAAAGCCCUGCACAAGGAGUCGGGCCAGGUGUUGGCCAUCAAACAGGUGCCUGUGGACACUGACCUGCAGGAGAUUAUAAAGGAGAUCUCCAUCAUGCAGCAGUGUGACAGUCCAUAUGUUGUCAAGUACUAUGGCUCCUACUUCAAAAACACUGAUCUCUGGAUCGUGAUGGAGUACUGUGGUGCGGGCUCAGUGUCAGACAUCAUGAGACUUCGGAAGAAGACACUGUCAGAGGAGGAGAUUGCAACGAUACUCUGCGACACGCUCAAGGGUUUGGAGUAUCUACACCUGAGGAGAAAGAUACAUCGCGACAUCAAGGCGGGCAACAUUCUGCUCAACACGGAGGGCCACGCUAAACUGGCUGACUUUGGUGUGGCAGGACAAUUAACGGACACGAUGGCCAAACGUAACACUGUGAUAGGAACUCCGUUCUGGAUGGCGCCAGAAGUUAUCCAGGAGAUCGGCUACGAUUGUGUGGCAGAUAUGUGGAGCUUAGGGAUCACAGCGCUAGAAAUGGCGGAAGGCAAACCACCCUACGGAGACAUUCACCCUAUGAGAGCCAUCUUCAUGAUCCCCACCAAACCACCUCCAUCGUUCCGAGAGCCCGAUCAGUGGUCGCCAGAGUUUAUAGACUUUGUCAGCCGAUGUCUUGUCAAAAAUCCCGAGGAAAGAGCGACUGCCAGUGAAAUGCUGCAUCACGAGUUUAUAGGAGCUGCCAAACAACCAACGAUACUGAGCCAGAUGAUAGCCGAGGCUCGGGAGAUCAGAGAGAACCAGAGCUGUCGGAACAACUCUACAAACGCGGCUGUGUCCAAACAGAACCACAUGGAGUCGGAUGAGGACGAGGUGCACAACAAGACAAUGGUAAACUACAGUGAAGUGGACAGUGGCACGUUGGUACCUGACAGAACACUGGUCAGCUCUCAGCUGGCCGAGGAGUUGGGCACUAUGGUGAUCAACAGCGACCCUGAGGACGAGUCUACCAUGAAAAGGCAUGACACGGGACCAGGGGAAUCUGGGAAAAAAUACAGACCACUCUUUCUAGAUCAUUUUGACAAGAAGGAAGCUGAGAGUAUAAAAGGCAAUGGACAGGCUCCUGUAACCAAUAUGGCCAACCACCACACCACGAUUACUCCGGACCUCAACUCCAAUGUACAGAACACCCAGCAGAACAACCAGCAGAACCACGAGGGUGUGGGGGUUGGUGUUGAAGAGAGACAGAGAGUGUUGGUAGCCAUCGGAGGCGGCAACAGCAUCAUGGUUCCAACACAAGAGAACCAACCUAAGUUCCAUUCAGCGUUUGUAGACGGAGAUUUUGAAUUUUUAAAGUUCCUGAGCUAUGACGAACUGCAGCAAAGAAUGACAAGUUUAGACUCAGAGAUGGAGAGAGAAAUCGAUGAGUUGCGAAGACGUUACCAGACCAAACGGCAACCUAUCCUGGAUGCUAUGGACCAAAAACGAAAACGGCAACAGAACUUCUGAAUAUUAGAAUAUAGAGAAACUUGCUCUGAUUUUCAUAAAAAUAGGAUAAAGGAAUCUUUGGGUCGUAAGUUUGAGAAUAACAUUUGUGGCGAUUCCACUGUUUUCUCAAGGUUUUGCUUUGCAGACGUGUCGUUAAAAACCAUUUGCCAUUCAGUAUGGUUAGUCUUGGAAGGCAAUCAUUUCCACGGCUUGUUAAGUCCAGCAUAAGUUAAAAUAAAAUAGAACUAAAGUUAACACAGAGAAAUGAGUGGUUCGAAAGAUUAGACAUGUAUGUAAUUUACUAAGAUUUUGGUUUAGACUGGCUUUCUUAAAAGUUAAAUUAUUUAGGUUACCUAAUUCAGGACCAUAUAUUUAUUCCUCAUUUAAAUUAGGCAUGUUUUAUUUUAUUUUUUGAUUAAAAUUAGUUGUAAUAACCUCAGAACUGCAACAUCGACUAAUAUGAGUUUUAAAGAACCUGUUAGCUGGUAUUGGUGUUGGAACUACUGACGGAUAUUAGUCCCCAUACAGUAUUAGUCAAAUGAUUAUUUAAAGUUUUUUUUUUUAAAGAGCACUUGGCUUAGGAAUAAUGUGUUAAGAACCAAUGGAUACUCAGCUAACUUGCAUAACUUAGCAAACAAUGUGUUCCAGGCCACAGAAAGCACACAAAAGUUUACAAUGCAAGUUAGUUGUGGAUCGAUACUGCACUCAAAACAUAAUACUGAAAAUACAAUUUCAAUCCACAACUUUGAAAUUUAUAAGUUUUGUGUACUGCUUAGUAUUAUUGCUUCCUUACUUUAAACGUAUGGAAUGAUAAUGAGUGUGUGCCAGUCUUCCCGUUUUAAAUUUUACCUCUGUAACUUGUCUUAAAGUUACCAAGUUUACCAUAGUGUUCACUGAACACUUGACUGUUCAUGUUGCCAUCAGUUUUUCAGUUGAAUUCAUUCUAUCUGCCUACAUUACCUAUAACAAGUUUUUACAGACUGCAAAUCAAAGUAUCAACACAUUUUCCAGAAUUAUUUGUUUAUUUUGUUUACUGUUACUCAACUUAAAUCUACCAUCAACAUGAAUAAGCAUUUUUUAAGUAGGGUAAAAGUAUGGUAAUUAUCAUAAACAAGUGUUCAACUUGUACUGUGUUGGAAAGACCCGUUGAUUUGUUUCUCCCUAGGGAGUAAAAAUUUGCUGUUUUAACUCUGAUUCCAAGCAAUGGCAUGUGUUGAUUGUUUUAAUCGGUUGUAGCUUAAAGUUGCAUUCUUGUCAACAGUUCGACAAAUUGAUAGUAUAAGGUAUACUAACACAAUCGUAAUUGACAAAAAUGAUUGAAACACUUUCUAAACAGCUGAUUAUUUGCGUUAGCAAAAUUGAAAAGAAAUUAAUAGUUGUUUUGAGACGUUAUCUUUACAUAAAACAUAUUUAAUUUUGUGAAUUAGUUUGCUUAAAUAAUGGUGUAAUAUUACAAAAAAAUAUAGUUCAUCACACAGGCAUAAAGUGUCUUCUCAGCCCUCGCUCAUUUUCCAACCUACGCCGUAAAACUUGAGCUCGGGUCAAAAAGAGUCACUUUACACUCUAUUGAUGAAAUAUACAAUUAAGUAGUCUCUACAACUGUUAUUAACCCUCCCAGUGUUACUUGACGAAAAUUCGACAAGCAGCACACAUUGUGUAGUGUUACUUGUCGAUUUUUCGACACGCAGACAUCGUUUACGGCGAAGGCUCUAUGACUGACUGAAUCGGAUUGAACUGGAUCGAGUUAGGUAUCGUUCUUUCCGUAAUAUUCUAAGCUUUCUCCAGAGGUCUGUCUCAGCGCUGUACGUUCUCUGAGCCGAUCGUAAUUGUAGCAGACAGCUGACGUGCGUGUAUUUGUAAACAGCUAGGUUACUCGGACCGAUGACUGAUGUGUUUUAUUACGUUUAUCAUUGUUUUAGUGUUAAAAAUCAAAAGUAGUGAUAUACGUGUUGCAUUAUAAGAAGAUUUAAGUGGUUUUGAAGUGCUGGUUGAUGAUCCUGAAGAAGUAGGUAGUGAUAUUGAUGUAAAUCAGCCAGAUUCCUAGCUAUGGUUAGGCUAUGCAUUCUUAGCUAAACGCUAUGUACUGAAAUCUGUUUUUUGCCCGUAACUUAUUUAUUUGCAAAUCUACUUCCUUAUAUUAUUAUAUAUUUGUAAUCCUCAUAAAAUUUAGAACAAAGUGGCUAUUUUCAAAUAUUUAUAGGCCUAUAAUUUAUACAAUUUCAUUGAGCGCGAACUUAUUUUUUUUUGAAAAUUUUCGAAAUUAUAUUUUUUUUUACCUAAACAUUUUUUUUUUUUAAUGUUCCUUAUGUUUUAUAUAUAAUAUUGAAGCCCAUGAUUUUCCAAACAAAAUGGUAUAUAGAACAUUAGAAUUAACAUUGUUUUAAGCUUCUCAGAUCCGUUUUAAUAAAACCUUGCAAAUGCGCCAAAAAUAGGUGGACAUUAAGGCCUAAACUAUGGACACUUGGAGGGUUAAGAAUGAUUAGAAAUAGUACUCAUACAGUUAGUAAGUAUAACAUGAACGUAUACAUUUAGUAAAUUUACAAUCUUUCCCCAUUGCUAAAACUGAAUACAAUUUGACAAAUGACAAUAUAUUGUUUGUAAUUUUUAACUUGCAUGAUUAAAUGUGCUGCAUGGGUAGAUUUUUCACCAAAGGCUAAAAAUAAAUUUUAUACAACAUAUUAGUGCACAGAAUAAAUACAUAACAGGUUGCAUCUUUAGAGGCAUUAUAACAAUAUAAGGAAUGGAGUAAUGUAGUAAAUUCUCCAGUAUCAUUAAUAAUCCAUGGAUUUGUCGUACAAUUUUUGUGAGACGGACAUUUGAUUAUAAUCAAAACCUUUAAAUAAGAGUAUUUCCUUACAUAUUUCACUUCUGAGAAAACGUAAUAGUGUAUUGUUAGUUCUACAUAAUGCAUAAUCUUACUUCCAGACAAUACUUUUUACAAAUUAGAGUAAAGCAUUCAGUAUGUUGUUUUGUCAAAAUGUGUGUGUAUUAGAACUAGUUACUGCCUACAAGAAUGUAUUACCUCGAUGAAUUUACCAUGAUAGUUAGGUGUGAUUUUAGAUAGAGAGAGCUAUGACACGUUGUAAGCUUAGCAGAAUUUCCACCGUAACUCUUUGCCUUUGUGAGAGAAAGAAUAUUUUUUAAUCAGCAGAUAAAUUUUAUAGCACAGUUCAAAAUCCCUAUUUUUUUAGAUCAAUGUUGGUAAAAUUAAAAUUGAUGUUAACAUUUAUGGCUUGUAUGGACUUUUAGGAUAGCAUAAAUAAAACUGUUAGAGUGCUAGAUAAGCAAUCAAUAGUUACAACAUUGUUUAGGAUAUCUUCUUAAAUGGUGGGAGUUGGUGGUUUUCUAUGAUUUUAUUUCCUUGCCAACUCAAUUUGUUUGCCAUUAAUCCACACUAAAAAUAAAAUCUCGAUAUUUUUGUUCUCUCUAGAUGUUACACUUGAUCGAAUAGACCGAUAUGAUUUCAGUAUAAUAUACAGGUUAAGAUAACUUUACCUGUGACAAUCAAGAAUUUUUAAUUUAAAUUUAUAGUCAGGGAAAUUGUGUUGUUACCAUGUUAUUCCCACCAUUAACAAGCUCUUGUUUAUUCUUUGCUGUAAUUAUCAUGUAAUUCUUGAGCUAAUAAGUAGUUUAUCAUUGAGAUAAGUAUAUGUUUUAUAACAGUAUGCUAUGUGAAAUUAAGAAUAUUUCCACAUUUUUUUUUAAAUUGAGUCUGAUACUUGGAUAUUAUGAUUUGUGGUUCUAAUCGCCAUUAUUUAUGUAUUGUUUCUCGCUUCUCUUUGGCCCCUUACACCUGAGACCCAAAGCAGCAACUUUUCUACGUAGCUCAGGUAUUUUGCUCUGGUGCCCUUCGGAACAUGGUUGCAUCUUGUGUACAUAGUUCCACAUGUACAGUGUACAUAUAUAUUUAGUAUAAUCAUAAUAUGAUAAGACUGGGUAACUGAUGCUAGGUUUAUUUUUUACUACCACGAGACAGUGUAAUUGUUGUUGGUCGAGUUACAAGUGAGAACUGUUUGUAAACUUAGUAGAAUAUCGCCCGAUGUUGUUGCCAUAUUUUGCACCGAGAAUCAAAUUUUGAUUGAUGUAAAAUUUAUUUGAUUUGUGAUAUAAUAUUUUGUAUCUAAUUAGCUAUAAAUUUUGUAUUAUAUAGUUUUUAUUUAACAAUUUUGUAGAAUCUGAAUGUUUUGCAUUUUCUGUUAUUUAUUUUAACUAGAUGGAUUAGACGUCUUAAUUUGUUGGAUUUUAAUCGUCUUAUUACUGUUUAAAGUAAAAUUUCCUUUUUAUUGUUGCUGUUUAUUAAUUUUGUAAUAAUAAAUUGA